CCCCAGUGUACGUCUCCUGCCCCACGUGGCUCCAAUCCUUGCAGAGUGAGGAGCAGCCGUGUGGGGUGUGGGCUCCGACAGGGCUGGCUUGCUGGGUGUGCGGUCCCUCCGGGGGCCCAGGGAUUGUGCCGUUUCUCCCGUCGCAGAUGCCCGUGGAAGCAGGAGGGGCCAUGGACGCUGAUGCGGAGAGAGAGAAGAUCGCACAGGAGAUCCGGGAGCUGGAGAGGAUCCUGGACCCCAGCUCCUCGGGCCUCGGCGCGGAGCUCUCAGAGUCAAGCCUCCACUCGGAUUCUGACGCAGAUUCGCUGUGCAGCGAGGACUCCGAUGCCCCCGGCCCCCCGAUCUCGGAGGAAGAGAGGUGGGGUGAGGCCAGCAACGAGGAGGAGGACCCCAAGGACAGAAACCUCCCCGAGGACCCAGAGACCUGCCUGCAGCUGAACAUGGUCUACCAGGAAGUCGUGCAGGAGAAGAUCACAGAGGUCAACUUGCUGCUGGCCCAGAACCGCGAGCAGCAGGAGGAGAUCACGUGGGAUCUGGCUGGCUCCAAGGGCCCCAAGAUGAAGGGCAGGAAGAGCUUGCCCCCCCAAAUGUAUAUCGGGCACUUCAUGAAGCCCUACUUCAAGGACAAGGUCACCGGAGUGGGGCCCCCGGCCAAUGAGGACAUGCGGGAGAAGGCGGCCCAGGGCGUCAAGUCCUUUGAGGAGCUUCUGGUGACCAAGUGGAAGGGCUGGGAGAAGACCCUGCUCAGGAAGUCUGUGGUGAGCGACCGUCUGCAGCGCCUGCUCCAGCCCAAGUUACUGAAGCUUGAGUACUUGCAACAGAAGCAGAGCCGGGUCUCAAGCGAGACGGAGAGACAGCUCCUGGAGAAGCAGCUCCGAGACGCAGAGAAGGAGGUCGAGGACAUCCACCAGCUCCCGGAAGAGGCUCUUCUGGGGACCAGACUGGACAGCCACGACUGGGAGAAGAUCGCCAAUGUGAACUUUGAAGGUGGCCGCAGCGCUGAGGAGAUCCGGAAGUUCUGGCAGAACUGUGAGCACCCGAGCAUCAACAAGCAGGAGUGGAGUGAGGAUGAGGUGGAGCGGCUGAAGGCCGUCUCGGCACGGCAUGGCCACCUGGAGUGGCAGAAGAUAGCCGAGGAGCUGGGGACGCAGCGCAGCGCCUUCCAGUGCCUGCAGAAGUUCCAGCAGCACAACAAGGACCUGAAGCGCAAGGAGUGGACAGAGGAGGAGGACUGCAUGCUCACCCAGCUGGUGCAGGAGAUGCGCGUCGGCAGCCACAUCCCCUACCGCAGAAUCGUCUACUACAUGGAAGGACGAGACUCCAUGCAGCUCAUCUACCGCUGGACCAAGAGCCUGGACCCCAGCCUGAGGAAGGGCUGCUGGGCCCCUGAGGAGGACGCUAAGUUACUUCAGGCUGUUGCCAAACACGGAGCGCAGGACUGGUUUAAAAUUCGGGAGGAGGUGCCAGGCCGGAGUGACGCCCAGUGCCGAGACCGGUACCUCAGAAGAUUACAUUUCAGCCUAAAAAAGGGACGAUGGAGCCCCAGAGAAGAAGAAAAGUUAAUAGAAUUAAUAGAGAAACACGGGGCUGGUCACUGGGCAAAAAUCGCGGCAGAGCUGCCCCACCGGUCGGGUUCCCAGUGCCUGAGCAAGUGGAAGAUCAUGGUUGGGAAGAAGCAGAGUCGGCGGCGGAGGCGGCGGAGGCCCCGGCGGUGCGUCCAGUGGAGUUCUAGCAGCAGCAGUGAGGACAGCGGGGACAGCGGGGACAGCGGGGACAGCAGCAGCGCGGACUCAGAGACAGAGCUGGAGGAUGCUGCGGGGGCUGGGGGCGGAGGCGAGGCAUCACCGUCAGCCCCGUACGUGGUGCCAAGCGUGGACCUGUGGGUUCCUGCCAGGCAGGGCACCACAGAGCCGUGGAAAGGGGGCACAUGGGACUGGCCUGCACGGCCACCUGCCUCCCCCAGCACCCCCAAGGAGGCCAAGGCCACCCGUGGUGGCAGCGAGGAAGCAUCCGUCAUAACUUCGGCUUCCAGAGUGGAUGUGAGCCAGGCCGGUGAUCAGGAGCUGGAGGGCGAGGUAGGCGGCAGCCCCACCCACUCCCGAGUGCACACAGGCCGAUGUCCCAUGCUGGACAGUCUAGGGCAGAGUGUGGACAGCUGGCAAAGCCUCCUCCCACUAGGCGCCAUCCUGUGCCCCCUCCAGCUGACGGCAGGAGAAGCGUGCCCGGGCUACAGCCCUCUGUCAUGGCGGGCGGCGUCCAUCUCUCCGUCCCUCUUGGCAAGCCACGUGGCAGGGCCCAGAGCACUUAAACUGGGAGCCACCCGCACUGCUCACCCCCAGGCUGGGGGCGUGCUGCAGGGCAUCCUGCUCGGGCCGGGCUCGGGUAGCGGGGUACACCUGCAGAAAGUGCCCCUGGAGACCGUGCUCCAGGUGCUCCAGGCCAACACGGCUGCCCGGGACCGGGAGCUGAAAGAGAAGCUGAGGCAGCCGCCCCGGCCCAGCCCGGACCCAGGGCCCAGCUCCACCCUGAAUGGGCCCAGCCAGGAGGGCAGCCCACCCGGGCCCUGUGGGCAGCGCCUGUGGCCCAGCUCCGCCCUGAAAGGGCAGCGGCGCCAGAGGCAGAGACGCGCCCUGCAGCGGAGGCUCCUCAACCGCCGGCUCCUGAUGGCCGUGAGCCCCUGGGUGGGCGACCUUGUCCUGCCCCGCACACAUGGCCCCCCGAGGCCCAAGGCAGCACAGACAAGAGCUGAUGGCAUCUGGAGGCAGCUGCAGAGCACCUGCCUGGCGAGCACGCCAGUGUUCACCCUGCUGAUCCAGCUCUUCCAGAUCGACGCCGACGGCUGCAUGGAGGUCAUCCGUGAGAGGAGGACCCCGCCACCCACCGCGCUGCACCGUCUGCAGCUCUGUGAGAGCCGUGCUGAGCCAGUCACCUCUGGCGGCCCAAUGACCCAGGUCACUGGGCUGAGGACCACGUCCAGCUCCCCAGACAGCCAGGCCCCCACCUUCCCCGCGCCCCUGAGUGCCCAGCACUGCCCAGGAGAAGCUGUGUCAGCUCGAGAAGCUGUAACACAGAGCGCCGGCCACAAAGGGAGCGGGGGACUUGGACCCCUCUGGCCCGAGUCUGCCCCACCACCAGUCCCUUCGCCAGCCCCCUCAGGCCCCCGGCCCAAGCCCAAGACUGUGUCAGAACUGCUUCGGGAGAAGAGGCUGCAGGAGGCCCGGGCCAGGAGGACCACCCUGGGUGCCAGGAUGCUCCCCGUCCAGCUGCUAGUCUCCUCACCUGGGGUCCCCCUUCCCACUCUGCACCCAGCCCCCCAAGGACCCCCAGCCACAGGACCGACCGUCUGCAACUUGGCACUUGCAGGACUUGGGGCCCCCACAGGGGCCAGCUCAGGCACUGCUGGCUCUUUGCAGGCGGCUCAGACCCCUGUCAAAGAAGAGAGACCCUGCGCCCUGCAAACCUCAGCCCUCACCCCCGCAGGGGCCAGGAGCUCAGCCCUCGAGACUUCCAGAAGCCCAGCACUGGGCCCCAUCCUCAGUCAGCAGGGUGGCCUGGGCCAGUCACAGACCCUCAGCGCAUCGCGGAAGCAGGGUUGGCCCGAGCUGCCACCCCUCCUCCCUGCAGCCCCCAGCCCUGCGCAGCUGCCUGCCUUCAGCCUGGUGCCGGCCCGUGUGACAGCCAGCACCACCCUGCCCGUCACCUGGGUGCUCACGGCCCCAGGGCUGCUGCCCGUGUCUGUGCCGGCCAUGGUGGGCCUCCCCCAACCUGCAGGGACCCCGGCCUCAGGGCUGUCAGUGACUCUGCUGCCCUCCCCGGCUGAGACUCCAGCUGGCCAGUGCGCCCAGGCCUCGCCCCCCGGAACACCCCCAGCACUCCACAGUCCUGCAGAGGUGGCUGGGGACUCAGUCUCUGCCUCAGGGGGGCCUUCUUCCCCGGGAGUGGCCCCGGGGGCCAGAGAGACUGCUGCGCCCCUUCCACCACCCAAAACGUCCUCCCAGCCCUUGCUUCUGUCCGGCCACCCUGAAAAGGAGCUGCCCCAGCCCAGCCACCCGCCUCCCCAUGGUUGUGCUGGCCCAGUGAGCAGUCCAGUGGGGACACCUGGGCUCCCCUCAGGGACAGGCUGCCCCCCAGCCUUGGAGAAGCCGCCCUCACCCCAGCUUGGUCCCAAGAAGGGCACCCUGGACACAAGCCUCCUCUCCCCCGAGGGCACAGCGGACACACACGCGUGGCUGAGGGGGCAGCAGGGGGUGUAUGUGCCACCUCUGGGGAGCAGACUGCCCUACCAGCCCCCUACUUUGUGCACCUUGAGGACCCUGUCCAGCCUCCUGCUCCAUAAGGAAGCCUUGGAGCGCAAGGCCACUGCCCUGGUGCCCGGCGGGGUGGCGGAGGGUGAGCGUGGGCCCCCGGCCGGAGCCCUUCAGGCGGCACUGGGGAUGGUGCAUUCGCGGCUCAGGGACAGCCCAGCCUACCUGUUGCUCAAGGCCCGCUUCCUAGCGGCCUUCUCCCUGCCCGCGCUCCUGGCCACGCUGCCCCCGCACGGCGUCCCCACCACCCUGUCAGCCACCGCUGGGCUGCUCCCCGAGAGUGAGGGCGAGGACCUGCGGGAACCCGAGCCCCCUGACGGGGAGGGGCUGCAGGGAGCUGCUGGGGGUGGAGGCUGCUGCUUCCAGGACCCCCAGUUCCGCGUGGGCCCAGCCAGCGGGGGCAUGGCCACACCUCUCAGCCAGGGCGGGGCUUGUGGCUCGGGCCCCCCUGCAGGCUCUGUCCAGCCUGGGCUGCUGGGAUGGGGCAGGCCCCUGUCCUCAGGAGGAGCCCAGGAUGUCCUGGGCUGUGCAGGACGAGAGAUGCCACCCCAAAGCCAAGCCCAGGUCAGGCCUCAGCCCCCAGCUGCCUGGACACCCCCAGCGACCUCCGUGCGCUCAGGACGCGGCAAGGCCGCAAGCGGAGGCGGUUGUCCUGAGCAGCCUUCGUCACCCCAGGGCCCAGACGGUCUCCCCAGCGUUGGCCUGGAGUCUGCCCCAGUGCCUGCCGACCGUGUGUCUGUGGGGUCUGCGGGUGUGCCUGUGGCCUUCUGGGGCCCCGACACCCGCCAUCAGGGUUUGCUUGUGUUCCAGGAGGACACACUGGCCUGA